UGUGGCGCAGUACAUUUAAACGUGGCCUUAAGGUGAAUCAGUCUAUCGCUUUUUUGGUAGAUUGUUGCAAAUAAAUCAUGACCACGUCUGUUCGUAAACGCAAUACAGUCGACGAAAAGGAAAAUAUAUCCAUUUAUUCAAAAGUAUUCACCCCAGAUGCAACUUGGAAGGAUAAGGAUGAAUUUCUGGAUGUCAUUUACUGGUUGCGUCAGAUCAUUGGUGUCAUUCUUGGUGUUGUUUGGGGAGUUCUUCCACUCAAAGGAUUUAUUGGUUUAGCUCUUUUUCUCAUUAUAAACGUGGUAGUAGUAUAUCUGUACUACAGUAGUUUUCACAAAAUAGACGAAGAAGAAUAUGGUGGAAUAUCAGAAAUAUUGAAAGAAGGCCUUAUGACAUCAUUUUCUUCAUUUUUGGUGGCGUGGAUCAUUUUUUACUCUGCUCUUCAUGCAGACUCCUAGCAGAAGCCGACUGUGGAAUUCAUUCAAACGCGGCAAGAUAGCAUUUGACAUGAACUGACCAGAACUAGCAUCCACUUGUUUACAUGUGUACAACAGUUUUCCAUUUAACACCGUAGACUGGUCGACGAGCAAAAUGGUUAAGAUGUUGGUUACUAAUCAACGUUAAUUCUAGAAUUUGUACUUUAGAUUCCAACUUCUUUGUAAAAAAAAUCUCAACAUGUUUGUCAAGUUUUUGUGAUCAUUCAGACUGCCUUAUUGCACCAUAAAUGUAUAAAAACAAUCUUUACCAGUGUAUAAAGAUUAGUAAACCACUUGGUAACCAUUUUGACUUGCUCUAUACGUAUAUAUAGAGAAUAAUAUAUGAGUGGCGGUUAGAUACCAUUUAUCUCACAACUCACAAGUUUUAAAAUGUAUCUAAUGAGCGAAAGCAAGUUUGAUACAUUUUUAAACGAGUUGUGAGAUAAAUGAUAUCCAACAGACACAAAAUUACAUGACAAAUGUAUUAUUCUAUUUCUUACAUAUCCUCAAAAACCAGGUUUUAAGCAAAUUUUGACAUCUUUUUUUACUAAAAGUUAUUUACAGUCGUUGUACUUGUAGCCGACUUACACGUGACAGGCACAUAUUGUCAGGUUAACUAUAUGUCACAAUGUAAUCGAUUUCCAUUGCGCUGUUUUUUUAUUGGAUGUAUGGCUUUGGUGACCUGGUCAUCACCUAGGAGCAGCCAGUCAUAGGUCUUGAAAUUGUUAACACACGUACAUGUGUAAUCAUAAAUAACACAUGGCGUUCUCACCAACGGGUGUGUAAGAAACAUGUUUAUAUAAUCGUUCUCUAGCUAGUUCGUUAAAGCAUCUAAUAUUAUUCAAGUUAUUUUAUGUAUACAGUGUUCUCGCUGGGUGAAUAUUAAAAGAGGGCGGCUGGUUGGCACCACACCCUUCAAAAAAAAUACUGUUAAAUUACGUUACGGUAACUGUCGUAAAUGUUUCGUCAAUUGCUUUUUCGUACACAACGCGGCUGUUUCCUUUGAUGUCCAGUGUGCAGACUGAUCGUU